CUUCCCCUCUACAGUCUCUCCAGUGCCAAAGCAGAGCGAUGCGCACAUUGAGGCCACCGCAGCAUAGAUAUGCGCACAGCUCCGAGCCAGACCCGGCUAUAGCUUCGCCUCCGCUCCAACAGCCCCGACCGGUGUCUCUCCCUGCGGUGGGUUAGAGAGGACAUGGCAAACUUUGACACACUUUGCAUGACACGGGCAGUGCCCUGCGUUGACAGGAGAGCUGUGCUGCCGAGCGGCUGAAUUUACAGCACAAUAACACAGAGACUUCAGAGAGAGAGGGGGAGAUAGAGGUGGAGACGCGAAUCCAGUUUAUUUCUAUCCCGGUUCCUCUCCCACUUCGGCUUUGAGAGAUGAUCACGGAGCUGGUGUGCACCGCCGUGGCUGUGGGUCUCUAUCUGAACACGCUGGACGCAGAUUUCUGCUAUGAUGACAGUCGAGCCAUCAAGACCAACCAGGACCUCCUCCCUGAGACUCCCUGGACCAACAUCCUGUAUGAUGACUUCUGGGGGACUCUGCUUACACACAGCGGCAGCCACAAAUCCUUCCGCCCCCUCUGCACCCUCUCCUUCCGCCUCAACUACACCCUGCAUGGCCUGCGCCCCUGGGGCUACCACCUGCUCAACAUUCUCCUGCACGGCCUGGUCACUGCCCUCGUCACAGCCUUCAGCCGCCCGUUGCUGGGUGGGGGACUUUGGAGCCUCUUGGCAGGCCUGCUUUUUGCCUGUCAUCCAGUGCACACUGAAGCAGUGGCUGGUGUGGUGGGGAGAGCGGACGUUGGUGCUGCUUUGUUUUUCUUGCUGUCUCUUCUCUGCUACGCUAGACAUUGUGGACUCCGGAAGGACCCAGUUGCAGCCUUUCAGAGUAGGGGAUGUGGUGGCAGCUCAGCCAGACGAUGCUGGGGAUGGAUGGUGGGCAGCCUGUGGUGUGCAGCUGCCAGUAUGCUGUGGAAGGAGCAGGGGGUGACAGUACUGGCUGUGUCGGCAGUGUACGACCUCUUUGUGUUCCACAGACUCCGGUUUCGCCAAGCACUUCUUCUACUGCUGGGAAAGAAAAAGAACAUCAGUGUUUUGCUGAGUCUUGCCGUGCUGGCUUCCUGGGGAGUGAUUCUGCUGUCAGCCCGUCUCUACUGGAUGGGAAAUAAGCCUCCCAACUUCUCCAACUCUGACAACCCAGCAGCUGACUCGCCACAUUUUCUCACUCGAAUGUUAACAUUCCUCCACCUGCCCGCUGUCAAUGCCUGGCUCCUUCUCUGCCCCGACAAGCUCAGCUUCGACUGGUCCAUGGAUGCAGUGCCCUUGGUCAGGUCCUUGGCCGACUGGAGGAACCUUCACACUGUUGCCUUUUAUGGUGGAUUUAUCCUUUUGGCUUUGUUCGGCCUUCGAGGUCCUGCUUCAAAAGAGAAGGAGACCACUGGGAAAUCCCAUGUAACAAAUGGGAAAUCUAUCACAAAUGGGAAUGGUUACCAUGCCCCUGACACAAACCAUAACACAGAUCAGGGUUUGCCAAAGACCGCCCUGAACGGGUCAGCUGGACUCCACCACUGUUCUCCACAGACAUCCCUGCCUCCUACAGAAAACUUGGUACUGUUUUCAUUAGGCAUCCUGGCAUUGCCUUUCAUCCCAGCCACCAACUUGUUCUUUUAUGUGGGAUUUGUAAUUGCAGAAAGAGUACUUUACAUUCCCAGUAUAGGCUUUUGCAUACUGGUUUCUGUCGGUGCAAGAACCUUGUAUGUCAGACUAAGGACUAGAAGCUGCAAGGCAGUAAUGUUGUGUCUCUGCAUGGCGUUAGUGCUGCUGAAUGGGCUCAGAACUGUUCAAAGAAACAAAGACUGGAGCAAUGAGGAAAAUCUCUACAAGUCUGGGAUUAAUGUGAAUCCUGCAAAAGCCUGGGGAAACUUGGGGAACGUACUAAAGAAUCAAGGCAAGAUGGCAGAGGCGGAGGAGGCAUACAGAAACUCUCUGCACUACCGAGGGAACAUGGCUGACAUGCUGUAUAACCUAGGAUUGCUGCUGCAGGAGAAUGACCGUUUUUCCGAAGCUCUUCGUUAUUACAAACUUGCUAUCGGGAGCCGGCCAACUCUGGCAUCGGCCUACUUAAACACAGGAAUAAUCUUAAUGAACCAGGGCAACCUGGAGGAGGCCAAACGCACCUUCCUCACUUGUGCUGAGAUACCCGAUGAAAACCUGAAGGAUCCCCACGCCCACAAGAGCUCUGUCACCAGCUGCCUGUACAACCUGGGAAAACUGCUUCAUGAACAGGGCGAGCAGGAGGAGGCCCUGUCCAUUUAUAAGGAAGCAGUGCAGAAAAUGCCCAGACAGUUUGCACCACACAGCCUUUUCAACAUGAUGGGAGAGGCCUAUAUGAGGUUGAACAGGCUGGAGGAAGCAGGUCAUUGGUACAGAGAGUCCCUCAGAGCCAAGCCAGACCACAUCCCUGCCCAUCUCACUUAUGGCAAACUCCUGUCCAUCACUGGGCGGAAGACAGAAGCAGAGAAAUACUAUUUGAGAGCAAUUCAACUGGACCCCACAAAAGGAAACUGCUACAUGCACUAUGGCCAGUUCCUGUUGGAGCAGUCCCGUCUUGCUGAGGCUGCAGAGAUGGCAGAGAGAGCUGCAGAACUGGACAACUCAGAGUUUGAUGUGGUCUUCAGUGCUGCUCACAUGCUCAGACAGGCCAAUCUAAAUGAGGCAGCAGAGAGGCAAUAUGAGCGUGCAGCCAGCCUCAGACCAGAUUACCCAGCUGCUCUGAUGAACCUCGGCGCCAUCCUCCACCUGAAUGGCAAACUUCCAGAGGCGGAGGCGAACUACCUGCGGGCUCUCCAGCUCAAGCCUGACGAUGUUAUUACCCAGUCCAAUCUGCGCAAGCUGUGGAACAUCAUGGAGAGGCAAGGACUCAGGACAAAGCUGCAAAAAGGCGACCUUUGAGCUUUGCUGAUGAAGGAUGGGAAAAGAGCUGGAGGCUAAAAAUCUCUGUUCGUAGAUGGUCACGUUGGCCCAGUGAUGCUUGUGAAAGACAAUUUGAGGCUUGGCAUGUUUGUAUUUCUGUGGUCAGGCUCCACCACACAACCAGUGCCAUAUAGUGGCUCAAACUACAAAAUUCUGUCUCACAUCAGCAGACAAUCUGAUUGUCAUUUAAAUAUUUGGUAUGUUUGGAGCACUUAAUAUUAACGCAACCGGGUUUGACUUCAAGAGGAAGCAUACUGAAGUUUCAAGGAGAGCUACUGCAUCUGUGGGGGGGG